AUGAAUAGCUUGUAUGUUAGUAUGGAGUAUCCGAAUUUGAUUGGAUGGCUUGCUUUGGGAGGAGACCCAUGUUUAGAGGGAUGGCAAGGAGUUAGUUGUGUGUUCUCAAACAUAACGUCAUUAGAUAUGAGUGACAAUCAUAUUGGAGGGGAUAUUCCAUUGUCAUUACCCUCUACCUUGAGGAACUUGUGCGUAAGCCUCAACCUUGCUUUUAUCUCUGGUUUAACAAACCUUUCUCUUGCUCGGAAUCAGUUCAGCGGAAGGAUUCCCGAUACUUUAUACUCAUUAACUCAGUUGUUAGACUUGGAUCUGUCUGGCAAUAAUUUGACUGGUCAGCUGCCUCCUUCAAUGAGAAUUUUAUCAUCUCUUACCACACUGCAUUUGCAGGACAAUAGAAUUACUGGAACCCUAAAUGUCCUACAGGAUCUCCCCUCGAGUAUCUGUAACUUUCUUGCCACCUUUCUGUCGAAUGUGGAAAACAAUCUAUUUUCUGGGCCUAUACCUGAGAAGGUGCUAGGUAUUCCAAAUUUCAGAAAAGAUGGAAAUCCAUUCAAUACAUCUAUUAUUCCUUCUCCAGCACCUGCCCUCCCUCCUUUUCCAGGCUUGCCACCUGUUGCCGAAGCACCUUUGAAGCAGGCAAAUGGGCCUUCUGCCUCAGAAACAACAAAGUCUGAAAAAUCAAAAGGAUUUUUUACAUCUAGGAGGGUCAUUUGGAUUGCUGUUACAGGGGUAGUAGUUAUUAUCAUACUGGGAGCAUGUGUUUUAAUGUCAACAUGCUACAAAGGAAGGAAAACAAAUGAAGACAUCGAGAGGCAUAAUGUUGGGGCACAUAAGAGCCGUAUAGAUGAAGCCAGCGGUAAAUCUUCAUUUGAACGAAAUAAUCAAGAGAAAGUUACCAAAGAAUCAAUUGCAAAGCUGCAAGAUCAAUACGGACCAGAUAACAGAAGACACGAAGCAUGUCCAAAGGCACAGGGUGAAUAUGAUAUGGAUUUGAAGAGAAUGGCUGCAUAUUCAAAGCAAAAGAUGGAUCAAGGGAUAAACAUAACAGGUGUGGAUCCAAAUUUUAUGCCACUGCAGCCGCUGCCACCACCUCCCACAAGCCUUCCUAUUGACAAUGUCAUUGCAAAUCCGAUUGGGCGCACGGCACAUAAAAAGAGUCAUUCGACUGAAACUUUGAACUCAUAUUCUGUAAGGAUUUUCACCAUUGGCACUCUUCAGCAGUACACAAACAGCUUUUCAGACGAAAAUUUUGUUGGUGAAGGCUCAAUUGGAAGUGUUUACAGGGCUGAGCUUCCUGGUGGAAAAGUACUGGCAGUCAAGAAGCUAAACAGUCCAGCUUCUAGGCAACUGACUGAUGAGGAAUUUCUUCAACUAGUUUCUAAUAUAUCUAAAACUCAACACGAUAACGUCGUGGAGUUUGUGGGAUAUUGUAAUGAGCAUGGGCAACGACUACUUGUUUUUGAGUAUUGCAAAAAUGGGACACUUUAUGAUGCCUUGCAUGCAGAUGAGGAAAUCCAUAGGAAACUCUCAUGGAAUGCACGCAUCCGGCUGGCACUAGGAGCUGCUAGAGCCCUCCAGUAUCUGCAUGAGGUUUGUGAACCACCUAGUGUGCAUGGGAAUUUCAAAUCUUCCAACAUUCUCCUAGAUGAUAAGCUUGUUGCACGUGUCUCAGACUGUGGUUUGGCUCCUCUGAAAUCAUCUGGCUCUGCAACUGAGGUCACUGAGUCGAGGGGAGCAAUCUCUGGUUAG